AUGAACAAAGUGCAAUUGCAAUUUAUCGAUUAUUCUUCUUUCAAAGACAUAAAUACGUUAAAUAAUGGAAUGCUCAAAGCGUUUUUGAGGAAUGCGAACGCUCAUGUGAUAUUAAAGAAGGUGAAAACAUUAGAUAUCGAAAAGGCAA